CUUCAAGAAAUGUCAAAAAGUAUGGAAGCUUCUAACGCAAUCUGACAGUUUUGAUUUGACUUUGCUACAAACCCAGUUGCCUGAGUUGAAUGUUACGAAGAAAAGAACCGAAUCAAAUUCUUUUGUGAAAACUGAUACUGGAUAGGCUCAAUAUAAUAGCCAAAACUUUAAGAUGCAAAGAAUGAAAUUCUCUCAAUCCUAAAGUAUAUAGAACUAAUGAAAGUAUAAAUACUAAAUUUAACGAGCAUCCACAAGUCUGUGAAAUUAAAGAUGAAAUUUUUGAGGAAAUCAACAACGAAAUUAAAUUUGAUUGACCAAACAUUUGUGAUGACUAUAAGGAAGUGGACUACAAAACACUGAUCGAACACUGAUCCAAGCGUGAAUGCAGACACGAGUUCGACCUCGAAACAGCUCAAAUCGAAGAUAUCCAGCAUAAAAUACAGCAGAUGCAAAAUAGUAAUUCUUACUUUGUUCCGGACUCAGACGCUAUUAUUCUCAAGGAAGACUGGGGUCAGUUCAAUGCGAAGUGUCUGAUUUGCCAGUAUCUUGCAAGCCUUGACGGCUACAUUUGCUACAACUGAACCAUUCUCUGUUGCAAAGACCAUUGAGAGAAGUUCACGACAACAGAGAACCCGCACCAGGCUGAAGACUACCACCCGUAUGGGUUCAAGUUGUGAGUCCACUGUAAGAAGUAUUCAAUGGUGCGGACAAAGAGAGUUCCGAGCGUCUACGACCAGAUUUCGAGGUUCAAAGUUCCAGACUGAAGCGAGCCGGGCUGAGACAGGAAAGAUUUGUACUACCCUCAGAUGUACCAGCAUGAGCAAGUCUGCACGGGAAUGGCCAGCGAGAGUCUGGAUCCUGUGAAAGUCGAGUUGAUUCCAUAUUUUCAUAAAGAAGGAGAUAAAAUUAGUCUCCUCGAUACAAGUCAUUUCGAUUGAUUAAUAAAUUUUGCUCCUUCAUGUACCAAAACUUUUGAAACUAACAUCAAGCUUGGAGCAGGCUUUAGGGUAUGUUUAAUGAAACACACUCAGCAUAUACUGAUUGUUGGGGGAGAAGGCAGUGAAACAAAGACACAUAUGUUCAACUCAGAGACAGAGCUAAUUGAGGAAACAAAAUUAGAACUCACUUUUCCUAGAAAAUUCCACUCAAUUUGCUCUGAAAAUAACACAGUUUUUGUGACAGGAAGUGAGAUUCCUGAGGCCGGGGAUAAAAUAGAAAUAUACAAGCCAGAAAAUAAAAAAUGGAUUGAAGGAAAAUAGCUUUGGAUCUCCACGUUUCCACCACUUCUCAAUAGUCUCUCAAGAUAUUCUUUUCAUAAUGUUCGGUGUGUGUCCUGAAACAGGAGAGCCAGUUGAUGGAAUUCAGUAUUCUGAGAUAAAGCAUCUUCAGAAAGAUGGAUGUACAUGGUACACUCCUCGGCAACUCCAAGAUGAAUACUUCAGACUUAAAAGGAAUAUUGGCUUUCUACCAGACCCGUAUUCUGCAAAGGUGUUAAUAUUUGGGGAGAAAUACGAUGAAUAUAAUCCAUAUGAUCAAGAUCCCUUAAUGUAUACUUUCGACUUUACCAAUGAAGAAGUUGAUCCAUAUGAGGGGAUAUUCUUUGAUCCCACUCUAACAUUUGAUUCUAGUACAAACUCACCAGUCUUCUUUAAGGGUGUGUACUACGUAUUUGGAGAAGACCUGUCUUCAGUGAUGGUGUGCAAGAGAGAUUUCAAAUUUUAUGAGUAAUUCGAGAAAGUUCAAUUGUAUAAAAA